AUGGCAUCCAAAGCUAUAAUCAAAGCGAUUCCCGUUGCCCUCAAAGCCGAGGACUGGAAGGGCGCUGAGGAUAAAUGUCGCAGCGUUUUACAGUUCGACCCAACGAAUUAUCAUGUGAAUACGUUUCUUGGGCUGGCACUUUUCCGGCAGGGGCGGUUCGACGAGGCCGCAGUUUGCUAUAAGGAGGCGAUCGCGGCCGAGGCCCAGAAGAAGGAUGGAAAGGGCGAUAAAAAUGCAUGGAGUGGGCUCGUCAAUGUGCUUGAGGCACAGAAAAAGGUGGACGAGUACAUGGAAGCAGCAAUGAAGCUGGCCGUGAUAUAUAGGGACCUGGACGACCGCACGAGGUGUCAGAAUGUUGUGGAUAAAAUCACGCCCUUUGUGAAAGAGAAUGGGAGCAAAGAGCAGUAUAAACGCGCGCUCCACCUUCUACUCCCAGAAUCUCCCAUAUUUGAUUUCCUGGAAGGCCGUAUUCCUCACCCCUCACUCACGCUACAGAAGCUCAUAGACAUAAUUGAAGCGGAAGAGAAGGAGAAAAUAAAUAAAGAGAUUGUUUCACGACGUUCACGUCUUGGAGUUAAGCCAGGCCAGGUUGCAAGGGAAGUUAAGAGAGAGGUUUUGGAGGCUUCCCCAUUAGAAAACCUAUACCACCAGAUCCUCAAUUGGUCAGACGAUGAAGAGCUGAGAAGGACCAUUGAUGCGAAGCUACUUCAGCAUGGAUACGACAAACUGCUGGUUGUAGAUAAGGAGAAAAAGGGCGCGGAAAGAGCUAAAGUUUACAAGUGGGCAGAAGGUCUUGUUAUAUUGAAGUAUCCAUUCGAGCUUGCAUGGAAGAUUGUCAUUGAGUGGAGGGAUUGCGAGAGUAUAGGCGAACAUGACGUAAAUAUCUUACGGGAAUAUAUCCAAUUCUUCCCAGAAUCUGGUCUUUCAAAAGCUCUCAGUGCAUACCUAAAAUCCGAAUUAUCACCAUUUCCCAUACCCGUAGAAGUCGACGAAGACGGUAAUCCAGUCGAAAAAGAGCCUGCAGCAGAGGAAUGCUCUCCAGAUGAAUUGAUAGAUGCCAUGAUUGAGGGACUCGAAAAAUCUUCCAACUCAAUCCUUUGCCAUCGAAUCGUGGCUGAAUACUAUCUCCCUCUCGACGAAUAUGAGCAGGCCAUCAAUGUCUCCCGCAAUGCACAAAAACUCAUCGCCGCUGAAUCUGCACGCAUCAACCUUCCCUUCCUCAAGAACACUGACGCGAUAACCGUCAUUCUAGCAACUGCACAGAUUCACUAUCAAUCGCCCAAGUACCACCCUGAAGCCCGCGCGGCCUUUGAAGACGUUCUCGCAAGGAAAACAACCUAUGGUGCGGCCUUGGUGGGCCUGGGCCUUAUUUUGGAGGAGCAGCAGAAGUAUGAGAUGGCUGGAGACCUUUUGAGGAAGGCGUUUGCACUAGAUCCAGAAAAUGUCAAGAUCAGAGCGGAGGCAGCGUGGUGUGAUGUGUUAAUGGGGAAACAUGACGAAGGAAAAGAGGAGUUAGAGAGAUGUGCAGCUUUGGUUGGCGGGCUUGACCCUAGGAGUAGGGAUUUGAAGGCACAGAUAACGUGGAGAAUCGGAAUGGCGGUAUGGAAUGGCCAUGAGGAUUUGAGAGCCGAUAGAAAGAACGGCCCAUAUUCAUUCUUCAUCUCUGCAUUGCGUAGUAAUCAAAAUUUCGCACCGGCAUACACUUCACUUGGUAUAUACUAUGAAGAUAUUGCCAAUGACACUGCCAGGGCGAAUAAAUGUUUUCAAAAAGCAUUCGAGCUAUCGGCUGGUGAAGUAGAAGCCGCUGAACGUCUCGCAAGGAGUUUCGCCGAUAGCAAAGAAUGGGAGUUGGUUGAAAUCAUUGCGAGAAGGGUUGCAGAGGCUGAUCAGAAGAGAUCAGUACCCGGGAAGGGCAUGAGUUGGCCACACAGCGCAAUUGGAGUGGUUGAGUUGAACGCACAAAACUAUGCACUUGCCAUUCAAUCCUUCCAAGCUGCAUUACGAGUUGCACCAAGUGAUUAUAACGCCUGGGUUGGCCUUGGUGAAGCAUAUGCUUCCUCUGGAAAAUGGGUUGCCGCUACAAAGGUAUUUGUACAAGCCGAAAAAAUUGACUCAUCGAGUUGGUUCCCGAAAUACAUGCUCGCGAAUGUGAACCGCGAGCUAGGCGAAUACGAAGCUGCUUGCGCAGGAUACAGAGCUGUUCUUGACCUACAACCUGGAGAAUAUGGGGUUCUUGUAGCCUUGAGUGAGACGCUAAGUGCUAGUGCAUGGCAUUAUGUAGAGAAAGGAUACUUUGGAAGAGCCGUUAAUGCAUCGGUAGAAUCUUUACAGGUUGCAGAAAAAAUCGUGAAGGAACGGCCAGACGCUUUUAAUCUUUGGAAGACUGUAGGGGACUGCUGCCUUAUUUUCUCAUGGGUGCAGAGCUUGACAGAGAAAUUCCCCAAAGAGCUAGUCUCUCGUAUCCUAUCUGAGGAUAUUGACAUUUCCGAGUUCGACAUUAUCGCCGAUAUCGACGGCGCUGGAUCAAAUACUCUAGAAGAAGUCGAGCAACUAGACGAUCUGACGAUCUGCCUACACAUGGGAAUUCUAGCCUACAAGCGGGGAAUUUACGCCUCCGCCGACGAUCGGCACGCACACGCCGUUGCCUGGUUCAAUCUCGGAUGUGCCGAGUACCGGACCUAUGCCUCACUCCCCGCACGGCCGAUGAAAUAUCGACACGCAGCCAUCCGCUGCUUCAAGCGCACCAUCAAGCUCGAGCCUGGAAACCACGAGUUCUGGAACGCGCUCGGAGUUGCAACAGGUGAGCUCAAUGCCAAAAUAGCUCAACACGCUCUCGUACGAGCACUAUAUAUUAACGAGAAGAACGCACGGGUCUGGGUGAACCUGGGCGCGCUGUAUAUUCUGAUGGGUGAUAUGGAGAUUGCGAACCAGGCCUUUUCAAAGGCCCAGAGCGCAGACCCUGAGUAUGCACUUGCAUGGGUGGGGCAAGCGAUCAUUGCGCAGAUGUUGGGAGAAACACAAGAGGCGUUGGAGCUUUAUGGUCAUGCCUUUGAGAUUUCGGAGAGCUCUUCGGUCUUGGUUAAACGGCAAUUUUCGACUGCGACUUUUGAUAGCAUUACAGAGCUAGAUUCUUCGACAGCGUUUUCAUCGCUUCUUGGACCUAUAUUUGCGCUACAGAAAUUACAGGAACAGAUCUCUUCUGAGCCUGUGUCAUUGAGACUGAACGCGCUUUUCAACGAGCGAGUUCAAGAGUUCACUCCAGCAGCUGCUAAACUCGAGAUCGUCUGUAAUACAGUAGAGCAACGGUAUGAGGAAACAGAAUCCGAGGAAGAUCUAAUCAGAUACGCGCAAGCCAAAGCCGAUCUAGCCCGUGUAAGGCUCGGGCUCAAAGAAUACGAAGCAGCGGUCGAAAAUGCCAGCCUAGCGCUUGACCUAUCCGGCGACACAGAAGCACUAAAAAACUGCCGUUUAUCGGCACAUCUUACAGCAGGGUUGGCACACUACUACCUAGGCGCUAUGGACGACAGUCUAGAGAUGUUCAAGGCGGCACUAACUGAAAGUAAUGAAAAUCCGGAUGUAGUUUGCCUACUUUCCCAAGUGCUGUGGGCCAAAGGAGGAGACGAGGAGCGGGACGUAGCGCGAGACCAAUUGUUUGCAUGUAUUGAGAAACAUCCGGAUCAUCUGCAAUCUACGCUAUUGUUGGGGGCCAUUGGGGUUCUGGAUAAUAAUGAAGAUGUGGUGGAUGCGGUUAUGGAUGAUCUACAGGCGGUCUGUGGAGAUGACAAAAUCGACGAGGCAUCUCGGGAGAAAGUAGAUAAGCUUUUAAGCCUUAUCGGUCAACUCAUGAAACCGGACCAAAACAUUAGCAUUGCUGGAACUUCAGUGUUCCUGCGCCCUUUUUCGUCCUCAACAUGGAGCAAAUUGUUGACAGCCUCCCCCGAACCCUCCUAUCACGCGGCAGAUAUGGCCCUCAAGGUCGCAGUCCAAGGGAAGGUUGAUGCAGAAGAAUUGUGUCACGCAUUUAGUCAGAUUGGAGUACUAAGCUGCGACCAAAAGGCUAUCAUGGUGGCACCCUGGAAGGCGGACGGGUGGAGGGGGAUGGUGGCUGACAUUAACUCUGCUAAUGCUGCUAUCGCCGCUGGUUGA